GGCGGCAGGUAGAGGUGUUUGUCUUCACUUCUUCUUCGUAAAAGCGGGCGGAAGUUUCAGCAUAACAGUUUUGCGCCACAAUAAAUUCUCAUUUUAAUUACAAAAUCCCUGCAAAAUUUAGCGCGUAGAAAUCCAGCGGCGCCCCUCAAAAUAUCUUCUUUGUUCCUUAUUUCGUUGCAUCCGGUUUGAAACUUAGCACCUGUAAUUUCUUUUGCGAUCGUAGUUUGAGAUUAGUUGGGCAGAAGAAAUAGGAAAAUUUUGAAAAAUGUCGAGCAGUAGCUGCUCUUGUUAUAGACCCAUGAAUUUAUAUUCGGUGAAAUUUGUUGCGCCGUCGAAAAAAGUGGUAUUUGUUAUGCCGAGGAGGAUUGGUGUGAGAGCUUCAAUGGUGGAAUCAUAUGGGAGCUCUAAUUUCGUGAACCGCAUGGAACGUGCGUGGUUGAUUUCUCAGCAACCAACGCCUGUUGCUUGUUCUUCAUGCGACUCAAAGGGGCACGUUGAAUGCAAAUGGUGCAGUGGAACGGGGUUCUUCAUCAUCGGUGACAACAUGCUGUGCCAAGUUCCUUCAAGAAACACUACAUGCGUCAUCUGCACCGGAAAGGGUUCUGCAUGCUGCGCAGAUUGUAAAGGGACGGGCUUUCGUGCAAAGUGGCUGGGAGAGCCUCCUCUAACCAAGUAGAAACAACUAACAAGCAUAUUAGUUGACGCUGAUUGCUGAAUAUGAUGUUUUGUCAUUUGAAAAUCAGUUCCUUUUGGUGGUUGAAGUUGCUGCUAUGACUGUUCAACCAUUGUAUUGUAUUCUUUUUUAUAUAUAUACAGGUGAUUUUCUUCCUACAUUGUAACUGUAAAUCAUUAUAGAUUCAUCAUAUAGGUAUUUUGAUUUGAAUUCAUAUUCCAGACAGUAUCUUGAAUGACUGUAAGCCAAAGAUCUUCCAUUCACUCAAUGUUUUUCUUUUAUAGAAAAUUAUUUAGAAUA